GCAGAAUUUGCACAGUUUGAACGAGGCUGCACAGAUGGCGUCUCGGGCACAGUUGUGUCUCGUCCUGCUGCUGCUGGCCGGGAUGACGUCCUACAGUGAGGCAUGGUUCACGCGGACCCGGACCCGGACAUCCGAAAGUACCGGCGAAAACACCGAGGCCACAUCUGGACUACAGCAAUUCUUCGGCUCCAUGAUUAACCGUGACGGCGGUAGACAGACGUCGAAGGGACAACCACUUGCCCCUGCCCCUGACCCUGACCACGAGCAGACCUCUGUGACGGAGAAUGAAGAAGCACCGGCACCAGAAGCUCCAACUCGAAGGAAGACAGGAGGGAGUUUUUGGGAGAACAUGUUCUCAAGCGUCCUUGACAGAGCUCCUGAGAACACACAAGAACUCAGCCCAGGUUCGGAUGGCUCAGCCAGGGAAAACAACUAUCUGACUUCUGUACCGGAGAAUGAAGCCGCACCAGACACACCAGACGGACCACACGCAUACGAACCGCCAACUCGAGAGAGGACAAGAAAGAUCGAGAGUUUGUGGGGGAACAUGCUCGAAAGCGUUCCGAAAAUACAAGAACUCAUUCCACAGUCCGGUGCGGAUGGCUCAGCCGGGGAAAACAACUUUCUGCAAGUCUUCGACUCAUUGAAGAACCGUGACGAUGGAGGACAGAUGCCGAGGGAUCGGCUGCCCCAGGGUGAAGCACCUGCCCCUGACCCCGAGCAGACCUCUGUGACGGAGACUGAAGCCGCACCAGACGCACCAGAACCUCCAACUCGAGAGAGGACGAGAAAGAUCGAGAGUUUGUGGGGGAACAUAUUCUCAGGCGUCCGCGACAGAGCUCCUGAGGAAAGACAAGAACUCAGCCCAGGUUCGGAAGGCUCAACCAGGGGAAACAACUUUCUGUCGUCUAUUCGUGAGCGGUAUCAACAGGCAAUGAGAGACCGGUCUGAACAGGAGCAACCGAGACCAGAAGAGCGGUACCGGUGGUACCAUCGAAAACAACAGGGAAGCGAAGAGGGAGAAACACCAGAGGUGGUACAAGAGGAAAGGCUGGAAGAAGACGUAGUGGAAGAAGAGGAAAUGUCGGGACAACACGAAGUGGAAGAGGAGGAGGUGGUGAAAGCACCAGACGCACCAGAACCUCCAACUCGACAGAGGACAAGAAAGAUCGAGAGUUUGUGGGGGAACAUGGUCUCAGGCGUCCGCGACAGAGCUCCUGCGGACACACAAGAAACCAGCCAAGGUUCGGAUGGCUCAGCCAGGGAAAACAACUUUCUGGCGUCUAUCCGUGAGCGGUAUCAACAGGCAAUGAGAGACCGGUCUGAACAGGAGCAACCGAGACCAGAAGAACGGUACCGGUGGUACCAUCGAAAACAACAGGGAAGCGAAGAGGGAGAAACACCAGAGGUGGUGCAAGAGGAAAGGAUGGAAGAAGACGUAGUGGAAGAAGAGGAAAUGUCGGGACAACACGAAGUGGAAGGGGAGGAGGCGGUGGAAGUGGAAAUGCCGGAAGAACACGUAGUGGAAGAGGAGGAGGUGGUGGAAGUGCCGAAAGAACACGUAGUGGAAGAGGAGGAGGCGGUGGAAGUUGAAAUGCCGGAAGAACACGUAGUGGAAGAGGAGGAGGUGGUGGAAGUGGAAAGGCCAGAAGAACGCGUAGUGGAAGAGGAGGAGGCGGUGGAAGUUGAAAUGCCGGAAGAACACGUAGUGGAAGAGGAGGAGGUGGUGGAAGUGCCGGAAGAACACGUAGUGGAAGAGGAGGCGGUGGAAGUGGAAAUGCCGGAAGAACGCGUAGUGGAAGAGGAGGAGGCGGUGGAAGUGGAAAUGCCGGAAGAGCGCGUAGUGGAAGAGGAGGGGACGGUGGAAAAGAUUGUGGAAGAAAGUGCCCAAGAAGAACCAGCACAGGAAAAUUCAGAAACCUCAGCCAACGAAAAGGACAUAGAACAAUCGGAAAUGAUUGCAGCCGUCAAAGAAGAAAUCAGUCACGAUUUACAGGAGACGAUGCUGCACACUGUGAUUCAACUUUUGAAGCCAGAUGAAGACUUGGCGGAGGAACCAAAGCCGACCAAUGACGAAGACGCAGGAGCGGAGGUACGGAGUCGAAGCGCCAGAGCAGCACCCAACAAGAAGGGCCGCGGGGGAACCGGGGACGAAGAAGUGGCUGGAGGCAAGAAGGGCUCCAGACGUACUGAUCUGAGAAGUGGUGGUGAUGACAAGGGUGGAAAGAAUGGAAAGGCCGGAGGCGCAGAGAAGGCUGGAGGCCAAGGGCAGACUGGAGGCCAAGGGCAGACUGGAGGCCAAGGGCGGACUGAAGAGAAAGGGCAGACUGGAGGCCGUGGGCAGACUGGAGGCCGAGGGCAGACUGGAGAGAAAGGGCAGACUGGAGGCCAAGGGCGGGCUGGAGAGAAAGGGCGGACUGGAGAGAAAGGACAGGCUUCACAGAAAGGGAAGGCUGCACAAAAAGGGAAGGCUGGUGAAAAGGGAAAGGCUCAGGCUAAGAAAUGGUGGGAAAAAAGCGAGGCGGAGAUAGAACAAGACGUCCAAGAGGAGAAAGAGAUGGAGAAAGCAGUUAAGGGGAAGAUGAAUAAAUAUGUGAGGCAAAUAGUUGCGGAGUACCUCAGUGAUGUGGCGGAGGAGGAACAAGAUGAAGAGGAACAAGCAGAAGACGUGGCGGGAACGUCUGAGGCUGAGAGAAAAACCGCGAAGCUACAAAAGCUUUUGAAGCGAAGGGGCAGGGAGGCGACCAGGGGAGAGUCUUCUUCGGAGGCCGGGAAGAUCAGCAGCGUGCAGGGCUCCAGCAUCGCCCUCCUUGUGGCGGGAACCGCCAUGCUGCUGCUCGCUGUCGGACUGAUGGUGCAGACCAGGAGGAUGAUCAGAGCCAACAGCAUCCCCGGGCGCGCGGAUUUUCAGUGGGCGGCGGAGGCAGGCACCGUACCGGGCAAGGCUCUCCACAUCCAGUAGGCUACGGACCCGAUCGACCAGCUACCAAACACAUCUGACAGUGGGACUAGUACAAUUCCAGCUCCGAUAG